CCGUGAGUUUCGUUGUCGAUGGUCUAAAAAUAUUAAAUUAAUUUAAAUUAUGAAAAACAAAUAUAUUAUUAUUGUAGUGAAUGUGUUUAUUUUUAACCUGUGCGGUUUAAACUGUGAUUUCGACAUUGAAGAAGGUUCGCAUUGUUUGGACGGGCGCGGCAAGAAUGGGACUUGUGUCAAUGCAUGCAACUGUCUCUCCAUGAUAGAGGAUGUCAAGAAGAAGCAAUAUCCUCAGAUCUGCUCAUUUCAAGGAAAUACGCCCAUUGUGUGCUGCACUGAUUGUGACAAAGUUGAACAUAUAAAUAAAGCGAUUGUAGACAAAACAGGUGCGAUACAUUUUAGAACUGGCAGAAAGGCUUACGAUGUAUGUCUAGAACACCUCGCCAACUUGCCGUUCGAAGGCUGCCCCACCUCGGGGCUGGUGAAGCUCUGGCACGAGGAUGAACAGUGCUACAAGUACACGCACAAGAAUGGCGUGUAUGCCGCUCAUGUCGGCCAGGAUGCGAGAAGAGGGCAGUUCCCUCAUAUGGCUCUGCUCGGCUAUGGCGGCGCAAUAGACACAGCUGACUGGUUGUGUGGGGGCUCCCUCAUCAGCGACAAGUUCGUGCUGACAGCUGGACACUGCAUCUCCAGUGCAGUACUAGGUAAAGUCCGCUACGUGGCCAUGGGUAUCCUGAAACGCACCGACCCGACGGAGCGCUGGCAUCGGUACCACGUCUCUCGAAUAAUGCCACAUCCAGAGUACCACGCGCCCUCCAAGUACCAUGAUAUAGCCCUGCUUGAAACGAGUACCAGGGUGACAUUUACCCUGCACGUGUUCCCAGCGUGCUUGAACAUAGACGAUCAGUUCUUGGGCGUGGUGACGGCCACAGGCUGGGGCGCGUUAGGACAUCAUAUGCAACUGGCUGACACGUUGCAGGCUGUAUCCUUACAAUCGUAUUACGAGGAAGCGUGUGCAGUUCACUAUCCUCCGCACAGACAUCUAGUGCGAGGGUUCAACGGCACCAUACAGAUGUGCUACGGAGAUGAAGUGGGGGGCAAGGAUACUUGCGAGGGUGACAGCGGCGGUCCCCUGCAAGCCAAGCCGGUGCUGUCCACGUGUCUACACACGGUGAUAGGAGUCACCUCGUACGGCAGGAACUGCGGGUACGCCGGCCAGCCCGGAGUAUACACCCGGGUCAAGUACUACGUGCCCUGGAUUGAGAGCGUCGUGUGGCCUUGACUGCCAUGGCUGCCACAAAGUCUUGUCAACAGUUCCCGUAAUUUCCCUGGAUCCGAAGUUGGUUGCUUAAAGUCUGUUUUUUAAUCUCCUAGAAUAAACUGACAUUACGAGUGUUGUCAGUUUAUUGCAAAUUCUUAAAUAGUGAUGUGGCACGACCGAAACUUAGCGUUAAUAAAAUCGAGUAUCGUUUAUUUACAAUAAGUUAUCCUGAAUUAAUUCUUGAUGAUUACGCAUGGCAUUGCGUGGUCAGAUAUCUCUGGCAGUUUUAGCAUGUCGUGCAGCCGUGUGUACGUACGUGAAUUGUAAAUAUAAAACUUUGAAUGAAUCUUAAAUUCGUCUAUUAUAGAUAAAAAGUUACGAUUCAACAAACCGGUAUCGUAAGUACAACACUGUACAAAAAAGCUAGCAACAUUAUUUGCAAGUUUGACAUAUUGCAAGUGUCAAUUUAGUCUACGAGAUUAAAAAACAGACUAUAGGUAUUUAAUGAAAGUUUAAUAAAGCUAUGUAAAUAAAUACAAUGAUAACAUUUAAAUUACCUUUAUUUGUUGUUAAAAUGUCCUCUCUUAACCACCUCUACACCUUAAGUCAAACAUACACCAAACACACAUGGCGUCUAUUUUCUACCUUAUUUUUUGUUUUUUCGACGUCAAAAAUCAUCAAAUGACCCUCCCGCUGUGGGUUAGCAGCGGUGAGGGAGUGUCAGACUUACUGACUAAAAACUGUCGUGUUCCGUCGAAGGCCUUUUAUGUUUUAUUCAAAUACCAAACAGAUGAUUUAUUUGACUUGUUCUGUAUAAAUUCUGGUUCUUCCAACCUAAAAGACAGACAUAUGUUGCUGGGCAGUUUGUUGCGCCACUUCUUCUUGCCAGCACAUAGGAAGUGGUGAAGGGGGGCGUUUUGGGGGCUGUCAUUUGUUUUUGACGUUCGAAAAGUGCUGAUUUAUCAGCCUAAUUUGAAAAAACGUUUUUGGAUUUGAGUUUGAAGAAAUACAAGCUUUGCAUUCGUGCCAUAUUCAAGGACGUAAUUAUGCUAAUGAUUCUCGACCCUAAUCGACAAAAAUACGUAUUUUUUUUUUUUUCGGAAUUCCGUCAAUGUCAUCUAGCCGUAUUUAAAUUUGGCGCGUGUGUUACUGGCCUUAAAACCGUGCUGCGCCUUCACAGAAACGCAAACACAAAGCAUACGCAACGAUUAUUCAUAAACAUUCAUAAAAUUGGAUUACUUCUGAAAUACUACGACAUUACAAUGACAAAAAUAGCAGUGCAUAUUAGCUAUUUCCCGUCUAUUGUAAUUCCAAUCGAUUAUUUGCGUAUUUUAUGUCCUCCUCCUGAAGUAUGGCACAAAUGCAAAUCAACACCUUGUAUAGAGACUAUAAACAAAACACUACAGAUCUCGUCAAGUAUCUUUACAGCUCUGAAGUCAGCCAUUUUAUAGCUCGCGUAUAGGUACGCAAUAGUUUUUCAUGUGACUCAUUUUGACAGUUGCACAGUC